AUGUCCAACAUAUCAGACAAGCCUCUCCGACUACUCUCCCUCGACGGCGGCGGUGUCCGCGGAAUCAGCGAACUCAUAAUCCUCGACCGUCUCAUGCGCCAAAUCCAGCACCGGCAUGACAUCCCCACGGUGCCCAAGCCAUGCGAUAUCUUCGACCUCAUCGGCGGUACGAGUACAGGCGGUCUCAUUGCCAUUCUACUCGGCCGGUUAGAGCUGUCCGUCCAGCAGGCCAUAGAUGAGUAUCGCGUUCUCUCGAGGGUGAUUUUCGGGCCGAGGAAGGCGUUCUGGAAAGAUGGGAAGUUCAAGGCUUCAAGGCUCGAGAGGGCUGUUGAGGGUAUUGUACGGAAGUAUGGGGGUGAGGAAGGGCCGACGGGUUUGAAGGGGGAUGUGAGAUUCGUCUGCGCAAAACGCACCUCAGAUAUUGCCGGCCAGACGCAUCUCUUCCGCUCAUACUCGGGCGAUUCCCUCAACGUGGCAAUCUGCGACGCAGCGCGCGCAACGUCCGCGGCACCAAUCUUCUUCAAACGAAAGCUUGUCAAGCUCGUCGAUGGAGAAGACGGGUUUGUAGACGGAGCUUUGGGCGCCAACAACCCAGCCAAACUCGUGCUUCGAGAGACCAGGGAAGUUUUUCCCCUUGACCGACAGGUCGGAUGCAUAGUGAGUAUCGGUACGGGCAAGAAGUUCGUGAGCCCCGUUCGAGAACCAGGGCGUUUACAACGGUUGUUGCUCCCAUUCCCUCUGCAUGUCAUUCGCAGCCAGAAGGACUUCUCUACGAGUUGUGAAUUAGUGGCUGAGGAGUUGGAGGAGAAGUUCUAUAAUUUUGCAGAUGUGUAUUUUCGAUUCAAUGUUGAGCAUGGGCUGCAGGAUGUGGGUCUUGAUCAGUACAAGAAGUUAGGGCUGAUUAGCCUGUUGACGAGGGGGUAUUUGCAGGGCUUUCUGGUUCGAAAGAAAGUCGAACGGGCUGCUGGUUCUUUAUAUAAGAACGUGGGAAAAUGUAUUGUUUCUGAUUUGUGA